AUGGCGCUCUCCGGUGAGCAGAGGGUCCUCUUGGGAUUUAAAGAUGCAGCUUUAGAAGAGAACACUUCCUCCUGGGAUGGGAGCAAGAUAGGUGGGCUGCCGGACCCGCCCCCCCCCAUGUGACACUCUGUUUUCCUGCUUGUCCUCUGUGCUCUGCUCCCCUCUGCCAUGUUGUACAGAUAUACUGCCCCCUAGAGGGCUCACUCUUCCACCGUCUCAUCCAUGUAUUUGCAUGUAGAAGGAAGUCCUGCUGGGGGAGACCUGAAAGCUGGGUGGCAUUACGAUCCCAAAGCCUUGAAGGACAUAAACCAAAAAUCACCGAGACCUCAUCACAGCAGGAAAACAAGAUGGCCACUACAGAUUGGUGCGAUGACGCUGAUAACUGGGGAAUGGAGGACAAUGACGCUGAAUCUCUGACCGAACCUGCAGUAUCGCAUGUGACAAGCUGCCCUGCAGAAAGCCCAUCCACAGACUGGACAUCUCAGCUCCAGAACCUUUCACUCACUGACACAUCUCAGACGGUACAGUCUAGUGACUCCAGCGACAUCUUUCGGUCUUAUUAUAUAGCCGUGGCAGACGAGGAAGAAUGUGAAGGGGACACGGAUCUGGAUCACGCUCGCUGGCUACUACAGGAAUAUGAGCAACGAGAGGCAUCCUCUGUGGAGGAGUUGGAGAGGUGA